AUGCCACUCUCUAUGCCCUGUGUAUUGUACGACAGCUAUUCUAUUGGUCCUCACCAAACUGCCUGCACUUUGGACAUCUCGAGAAGCGAUCGGAAAUCACUGGGUUUCUUGCUUGCCCUAACGAUAUUUGGAUACCUGAUUCCAGUUGGUUCUGCGAUUUUGUCGUUACAUGUCGCAUGGUCUACUGUGGUGACCAGCAGCGACCGCGAAAAAUGCGCAGCUGGAAAACUUGAUGUCACAUUGAUGGAGUUUUUGGUAGUCAGCGAGCAACAAAAGGUUCCGGAAAUUCCUGGGCCAGCGAAGCUUCGAGGGCAAGAUGGACCACGAGAUCUGAUCCAUCCUCACGAACUGAAGCCCCGAGUGUAUCGGUUCUACCAUCCAGACUGCAAAGAUAAGAAGUCGUAG